AUGCAGAACUUCCUGAGGCUGCUGAGGGAGCAUGGGCACACCUAUCCUCUGCCAGCCGAGCUGGUGGCCUUGGCAGGCAGGCUGUGUCAACACCUCCAGGAUGAUCUUGUGCAAGUGCUGCCUUUGGUGGCAGCCAUUCUGCAUAGCCAGCACCGUCAGCACCUGCUGGACAAUGCUAAUGUGGCCCUGGUGUGUGCCCGGGUCCUGGUCCAGCAGGAGCAGCUGCAUGCAGCGCUCCGGAUUCUGGAGGGGUGCCAGGUGCCAGGGGGCAGCCCAGAGCUGGUGAAACUCUGGAAUGAUGUCCACUACCGCCUGACCAUGAGGAAGAUGGGUGUGGCCAUGCUGAGCCCCGUGCAGAAGUUCCGAUGCAGGAAAAGGAAUCCACCACCUCCCGCCCUCUGCCCCGAGGGCCCCAAGAACCGGAACUUCUCCCCGGAGGUUCGGCGUCAAUUGCAGGACUUUGCCUCGGGCGUGUGUGCUAACCCUAAGAAGGACCAGCGGGAGAAACUGGCUUUGGAGACUGGAUUGACCCUUGAGCAGGUGUACAACUGGUUUGCCAAUUACCGGCAUCGUCAGAGAACCCUUCUCCAGCAGGCUGUGUCAAGAGCCUCUAGAGCAAAGAAGAGCACUGACCCCCCACAGCCCUCAGGAAACCAUUACGGGUUUGUGGCUAUGUCUCCUCAGUGGUCAGCCCCUCUGGUCCGGGCUGAGGGAGCCUCUACCCACCGAGGCACACUGUUGGCCAUGUCUUCCAGGUCACUGCAGGGAGGUAAGAUAUACCAGGACAGGCCUGGUCACCAUGCUGCCAACCUUACUUCUGUCUGUCCCGGCCCUGGCUUCUACCCUCUGGUGGCUAGCAGCAGCGUGUUGGAUUCCCCUCUGUCUGCUGAGUCCUGGCUGAUGCCCCUCUCACUGCCCUCCUCCAAGGAAAUUUGCCUCAACACUGGACAGUCAGGCCGUGGACCUGGACUUGUCUCUGGAUUACAUCCUGCAGACACCACUGUGAUGGUGACUGUUGCUGCCCUUGGUGAUUCCAACCCUGCAGGAUUUACUGAUACGCACAAUGGUAAUCCUCAGAGCUUGUACCCAGAGGAGAGUCCAGGCCCAAGCGGUGGGCAGGCAGGAAUGACACAGCUUCCGCUGCAGGCUCCGAAAUUCAUUGUCCCCCACAGCCCCCUGGAGAUGGUACCAGCCUCAUCUGCCUUGCCAGGACCUGUGUCUGCCAUGGAGCUGAGCCAGCCCCUGCCCUCCAGCCAGGUGCAGUGGCCCAAUGACCAAGCCUCCUGUGAGGCUUUCUGGGGAGCCAGAAUGCUUCUUGAGUUUUCCAAGAGCAGCCUGAGCCGAACUGGCCCUGCAGAACCAAGUCAGCCACACGGGAUGAGCAAGUGUGGCUUGUGCAACUAUUCGACAGAAGUUACAGAGCUUUACCCUAAGUAG